AUGCUGAAAACGCAGGUUGAAAAUGGAGCCGGCGAGCAUAUCAUCUUUGACUUCGUCAAGCUUCUCCAGUAUCACAUCUUCACGCUCUGCGACAACACCAUCGUCGGAAUUCCGCAGGCCUGUACCAAGUCCAAGCGGCCACUGAAGUCCAUCCGGGAGCGGCUCAAGUCCAAGGAGGGCCGGCUGCGAGGCACCCUGAUGGGCAAGCGAGUCGACUUCUGCGCUCGGAGCGUCAUCGGCGGUGACCCCAACCUGGACACUGAGCAGGUCGGCGUCCCAAGGCACGACAAUUUCCUCAUUGGCAGAUUUCAGCCGUCUGUGGACUCGAGUAUAGCUGGAGUGGAGCUGCAUGUUCUCAUAUGA